AAGUCUAGUGGAGUUGCUCUCAUUCUACAAGGUUUUGUUGCUUUUCACUGAAAUGUGCCAAUGGCAGAUUUGUGAAUUCGAAACAAGGAAGAUUUUCAAUUUAGAAAUGGUUCUCAAACUUCCAACCAGAUUGUAUAAAUACCAGAACCAUUGGAUGGUCUUCACCAGAUCACCCUCUGAAUCUAACAAAGGACAAGCUUUAACGAAGCAUUCAACACUUAGAGACUCAUCUCCCUCACAAGAAAGAAAUUCAGUAUGAAGGUUGCUGUCAUUUUCCUCACUCUUGCUUUCGUUGCUACAAUGCAGCUCAGCGAUGCUUGGAGAAUUCGUCUUCCUCGCCUUGGCCUGCGUAGGAUCAUUGCUCCUAUUUGCAAUCAAAUCUGCAACGUUAAGUGCACAGUUCCUGGUAUAUGUGCUCCAGUCUGCAAUAAGGUCUGCAAUAUUGGCCGUAAACGCCGUGCUGUUGCAAACGACGAUGGGGAAAAGCCUUUCUCAGCUGAUUACUACAAGUAUGACAUGAACAAUGAUGAUAUCAUUACUCUGUCAGAAUUCGCAAUUGCAAUCUCAUCCACCCCUGCUAAAUGCGUUGAGAUCUUUGGAAUGGCUGAUUUAAAUGAUGAUGGUGUAUUAGAUAUGAGUGAAUUCCUUCGUGGACCAUUUCAAUUUGGUGGAAAAAUGGAAGAUUAUAUAUCCCAGGAAUCAUCAGAAGAGGUUGGUAGCCAAUCAGAUGAGUCAGAUGAAUUUGAGGAUUCAGAGGAGAUCACAACUACCCAGAAGGCAACUUUCACACAGGACAUCACUACCCAGGAAACUUUGACCACCAAACAAUAAGCAUUAUGAAUCUCAUUGCUAUAUAGAAAUAGCAUUGUUUGAUCUCAACUGGACAUUAUGGCUCUUUACAAGCCUUUAUACUCAUGAAAUAAACAAUAAAUUUUGUUAAAGUGCUAUUUAGAAGUACUCAUUUAGUAUAUCUUAUUUGAUUAUUAACAUAUACUUAAGUGAUACUAAAGUGAGACAUACCAAAUGUGACUAUUUUAUAAAUUAUUAAUUUAUCUACAUUUGUAUUGUUGCAAUCAACAUUGAUAAAGUAGUGUUGUUUUCUAUGAAUGAUCUAGUUAAAAGAGAAAAGUGCUGCAUUUUAAUGCAUUAUAAGCAGAUUCUUUUGAGAACUGGGUAAUUUAUAUAUCCACUAUUUUAUUGAUUGAAAAUUGUAUUAUUGCUGAAUAAAAAUAAAUUAAGUAGAAGUUAGAGUAACGGAACCUGAUACUUUCUGUUUAGUCUUUAUAUAUUCAGAUAAAAGCAAAGUAAAUGAAUUAAUGGCUUUAAAACACUACAAUAGAUUUGUUUAUAUCUAAGCACUCUGAAGCGUAAUUUAUGAAUAGGACCUAACAUCCCCUCCCCUUAUUUGACAAAGGCAGCUUUAGGCUCACUGGCUUAUUAGAUCUUCUAGUAAAGUAGCAUUUGUGUAAUAACAAUGAAGUGAAUGUGAUUAACAGUUACACUUUCUAUGUAAUAUCCCUUAAAAGGAUUGAUAGUGCCAUAAUUACUUGAAACUCGAGUCCAUUUUUAUUAAUGCUUGACAGGGGACUUAGAUAAACUUGACUUUCCUUGCUAUAUAUAACCAGAUACUGAGAGUCAAACUAAUGCAUAAUUGUUGCCAUAAUCACA